GCAUUGUGCAAAAGAGGGACACCGAGAAGAUGUAUGCCAUGAAGUACAUGAACAAACAGCAGUGUAUAGAGCGAGAUGAGGUCCGAAAUGUCUUUAGAGAGCUUGAGAUCCUUCAAGAAAUUGAACAUGUUUUUUUAGUAAACCUCUGGUACUCAUUCCAAGAUGAGGAGGACAUGUUUAUGGUGGUGGACCUUCUGUUGGGUGGAGAUCUGCGCUACCACCUGCAGCAGAGUGUCCAGUUCAAUGAGGAUGCCGUCAAACUCUACCUCUGUGAGAUGACACUGGCACUGGACUACCUGCAGAGCCAGAACAUUCAUAGAGAUGUCAAGCCAGACAAUAUCCUCCUGGAUGAGCAAGGUCAUGCUCACCUGACAGACUUCAACAUUGCCACAAUAAUAAAGGAUGGUGAGAGAGCCACAGCCUUAGCUGGAACCAAGCCGUACAUGGCACCAGAGAUCUUCCAGUCCUUUGUAAAUGGAGGGACAGGAUACUCCUUUGAAGUGGACUGGUGGUCUCUUGGCGUGACUGCCUUUGAAGUGCUGCGUGGAUGGAGGCCCUAUGAGAUCCAUGCCAGUAACUCAGUGGAGUCCCUGAUCCAGCUCUUCAGUACAGUCAGCGUGCAGUACAGCACGGCUUGGCCCAAAGAUCUGGUUUCUCUCUUGAGGAAGCUGCUGACCGUGAACCCAGAGCAUCGUUUCUCAAGCCUGUCUGACAUGCAGACGUCUCCCUACCUCACUGAUGUCAACUGGGAUGUCGUGCAUGAGAAGAAGAUGGUGGCUGGAUUUGUUCCUAACAAAGGUCGCCUUCACUGCGACCCCACCUUUGAGCUGGAGGAGAUGAUUCUGGAGUCACGUCCACUUCACAAGAAGAAGAAAAGGCUGGCCAAGAACCGGUCACGCGACAACAGCAAGGAUUCACAGUCUGAGAAUGACUACCUACAGGAGUGCCUUGAAGUGGUGCAGCAAGAGUUCAUGAUCUUCAAUCGUGAGAAGUAA